AUGUCUUCCCCAAACCUCUAUUUGAUCUUCGUCGUCACAUCGGUGUUGAGUUUCCAUUUAUGGAACUUAAGAUCUCAAGAAAUAACAUGCAACCCCGAUGAUUUGAAAGCCCUGAAUGGAUUCUCAAGCUGUCUGAAACCACAUGUUCUUGGAUGGAACAACAGCUCUGUUUCAGAUUGCUGCACUUGGACCGGUGUCACCUGUGAUAAUUCCUUGAGCAAAAGAGUGGUAGCUUUAGAACUCGCCUUAGACCAGCUUAGAAUUCUGAACCUUUUUCAUAAUUACAUUUGUGGUACCCUUCCGACUGAGCUGUUUCGCUUGAAGAACCUGGAAGUCCUCGACGUAAGUGACAAUGGUUUCAUCGGUAUAAUCCCAGAAGAACAUUUAUCAGGUAUCUGCUUCUAUGGUGAAGUUCCACAAGGUGUGGGAAACUGUACUUCAUUGCAGUACCUCUGGCUCAAUGGGAAUAAUUUCAGGAGCUUAACGAAAGGUAUCUUCCGCUUGCUGCAAGAUCUUAGGGUUUUAUAUCUUCAAAACAACAUCUUUUCCGGGCCGCUCAAUCACGGGAUCGGUUGUCUUUCUAGCCUUGUUGAAUUGGACAUCUCAUCCAAUUCAUUUUCGGGGGCUCUCCCAGAUGUGUUCGGCAGCCUAGGAAAGCUAGAGAAAUUCUCUGCAAGUUCAAAUAACUUCAAUGGAACUUUGCGGGUCUCGUUGUUCAACUCUCCAUUGAUUAUGAGCCUUGAUCUUCACAACAACAGCUUGAACUAUCCGGAGGAAGAGAUUCCCAGUGAUCCUGGUUUUCGAUUUGGGAGCCUCAGGGUCCUUAGCAUUGCCUAUUGUGAACUAAAGGGAUCGAUCCCACCGUGGUUGCUCGGCUGCAACGAGUUACAGUUCUUGGAUAUGUCAAGGAAACAUCUGGCCGGAACCAAUUCAUCGUGGUUCAACGAGUUCAAGUACCUUUUCUAUGUUGAUUUGUCGAAUAACUCAUUCACAGAUGGUGCAACGUUUCGUUACAACAACAUUUGGAGCUUCCCACCAACGUUAGACCUGAGUUACAACAUGAUAACCGGACCCGUUUGGCCGAGUUUCGGGGAUUCGAGAAGGCUUCAUGUGUUGAACCUCAAUGAGAACCGGUUGACAGGAUCGAUACCGGAGAGUCUGUCGGGAUUGAAAAGCUUGGAAGUUCUGGAUUUGUCACAUAACAGACUGUCUGGAAACACACCGAUUUCACUCGCGGAGCUGAGUUUUCUGUCGAAGUUUAACGUGGCAUAUAAUGAGCUUCAAGGGGAAAUUACCAUGGGAGGUCAGUUCAUGACAUUUCCAUAUUCAAGCUUUGAAGGGAACAGUGGACUUUGUGGGGGAACAUAUGUUCCAUAUCCGGUUCAACAUGGCACCAUUGAUGAAUCUACAGGUGAUGACAGAAUGACAGUGUUGGGUCCUCAGUUCGGAUAUGGAGUUGCUACUGGUUUUGUUCUUACAGUUACUGUCUGCUUUAUGUCUGGUUGGGUCCUUCCUUCCAAGAGACACAACAUUUGA